CCAGCGGAGAUCAGGCUGUCUGCGGAAACAAACAUGUCGUUGGAGAGGAAAGUUACUUUUACCUAAAUGUCAGCCGGCAACACAGCGCUGUAGACGCGUCCACUGGCCUGAUUUGUAUGCAUUAAUUUAUUUGACAGUUGAGUUAACGAUAAGACUAAAGGAGUCGGCUGGUGUUCCGCAUUAGGUAGUAGGAUUUAGCUUGAACGUUCAUGAAUGGCAGGAUUGUGACUUGUGCUAAUAGUGAAACACGGAUCAGCUGGAGAUGGUCUGGAGGUCUUUGUGAUUCGAAGAAGAAGCUGACAUGGAAGACAGCGAUGGGGAAGGCGGCACAGAAACACCUGAGCUUCCCCUGGAGAUCAUAGUUUACAUCCUGGGCUUUCUUCAGGCUUCAGACAGAAAGGAUGCCUCACUAGUCUGUCGCAGCUGGUACACUGCCACCCAGGAACAGCGCUUUCAGAAGAAAGUCACCUUCAGCUUCCCAGCUUCAGCCUCGUCCCUGGAGCUUGUCAGGGGUCUGACUAGAAAGUCACGCUGCAGCCUGAAAAUCAGCCAGCUCGAUGGCUUCAGCAUUUCCAGAUCUCUCCUUCUGGAGGUGGGUCUGUGUCUGGGCUCCAAGGUGGAGAGCUUGGCCCUGCCCGGUAGCAGUAUAACGGAGGCGUCUCUGCUGGCCCUCCUCCCUCGUCUGACCUCCCUCCGCAGGCUGGACCUCCGAGGCCUGGACAGUCUCUUCAUGUCCGGGGCUUUUCUCUCCCGGGAGGAGCAACGACAGCAGGUCAGAUCAGCUCUCUGUGGGCUGGAGGAGCUGGAUCUCUCCAACCUGCGCUACCUCUCCGACCUCACCUUCAACCGGCUCACGGGGUGCACCCCUCGCCUCCGCCGACUCUCGUUGGCCGGCUGCCACAUCGCUUUUGAGUUCGACCCGUACCGAGGAUGCCCCGCGGGAGCCGUCGAGGACUCUUCUGCGCUGCUGUCACUUAGGAACUUGAAGAGGUUGUUGAUGGAGCAGAAAUCCACCCUUGUAGCUUUGGACCUUAGCAGGACCUGCAUCACCCCGGAGUCACUGCGUACAAUAGCACAGGUUCAGGAUCUGGUGUUGGAGGAGUUGUACCUGCAGGGAUGUAAGGAACUGACUGACUAUUCAGUGGAGAAUCUGGUGAAGCAUCAGCCCAACCUCCUCAAGCUGGACAUCAGUGGCUGCACCGAGCUGACCAGCAGGUCCGUGGAGGCGGUGGCGUCCAGCCUGACGUCACUGACGCACCUGUCUUUAUCUCGCGACUGGAGGAUCACUGAUAAGGGGCUUGCUGACCUGCUGUCGCUGACCUGCCUGAAGUCUCUGGACCUGUCUGAGUGUCUGCACAUCAGCGGAGCAGAGAUAGUAAAAGGCCUGAAGGGAUCCAGUGCCGGCAGAGCAGAGCUGGAAACACUCAACCUCAGGAGCUGCACGUACAUUAGGGAUCUUGCAGUUUUUUCUGUCACUCAACUUCUUGGGAAUUCUCUGCGUGAGUUGGAUCUGACAUCGUGCGUCAACGUGACCGACUUAUCCGUGUGCGCCAUGGCCACCUACCUGCAGAAGCUGGUGGUCCUGCGACUCGGCUGGUGUAAAGAAGUCACAGAUUGGGGUCUUCUGGGGAUGGUGCAAAAGACUCAAUGCGAGCCAGACGACGAGAUGGGAGAUGAGGGUCCCAGGUUUACCCGGACCUUUGGCAACAUGGGCUUCUUCAAACCUCCUCGAAUGCCUUUUGAGGAGAGACCCAAGCUGGUGACUCAGAGUGACUUGCAGCAAUUCAAACAACAAGCCGGAGCCUCACUUUUAGCUCUCAAGAGGCUGCAGGAGCUGGACCUCUCAGCUUGUGCCAAGCUUACCGACAGCAGCAUCACUCAGGUGAUCUGUUACCCAGAUCUCCAUCGACUGUCUCUCUCCAUGCUGCCAGAAAUCACUGAUGCCAGCUUGGCAUCGGUGGGAUGGCAUUGCCGCAGUCUCACGAGUUUGGCGCUCAACCACUGCCCGGGUAUCACUGACCGUGGAGUGGCACAGGCCGUGCCGUACCUCCACCGACUGCAGCAUCUCUACCUCUCCUGCUGUAAUAACAUCACUGACAGGUCCUUGCUCCUUCUGAUGCAGCACUGCAAGUGCCUGAAAACAAUCGACAUCUCAAGGUGCAAAAACAUCUCGGUUACAACGGUGGACCUGCUACAAUCCCAGCUGCCCUUUUUGGAAAACAUCCACUACAAGUUCAUAGGUGGGGCCGACCUUCCACUGAUUGACUGACACGACUGCUGGAGCUUUUCCAAAACAAGAACCUGCUGACCAAAGCCUGCUCAGAGUGUUGAGCAUUUGCACUUUUAAACAGUUUGCACUGUAACUGGAAGAAAUGUCGAGCCUAAUUGUUUAGGCAACUUUUUAAAGACUGCUCUUCUUUGCAGGAUGGACUCUGAUAUGGUUAAAUUAAGCCCAAGGAGGAAACAUUUGCAAGUAAUAAUUAAGUUCUACAUAUGUGGUGCAUCACCAUGGAGAGGUUUUUAAAGCUGCUGUAUCCAGGAAACAUAAACAUACAGGUGUCACAAAUGCCCUAUUCAUGCGGGACUAGUAGGACCUGGGGAUCUUUGAUCAUUUGUAUUGUAUUUUAACUUAACCACAUUUAGAUAUCUUUAAUGUAUUCACGUUUUCACCUGUUAAAAUGUGACUUGCUGUCACUGAAGUUAAACUAUCUGUAAUCUGGAAUAUUAAAAUUGAGUUCUUGCGUGUGGAUGUGGUGCACAUAACAAUUCAGGGUGUCAAUUUUGAGUCACCACAGAUCCCCAGAUGAUACUAUAGCCAUGCAAAUAGUGCAAAAGAGGAAGAAAAAAAUCUAGCAUGCAUUUUCAUGCAUGCAUUUUACUUUCACCGUAUGUUGCAGUAGAAAGAGGCUUUUAAUGUAAAUGAAUUGCUUUUAAUAAACCUAAAUGUCUGAAUAUUUAUAGUUGAAGAUUUAGCAGGACUCAAAGCAGAAGUUGCCCUUAUGUUGGAAGUUAAUCCUUAAAAGUCAACAACUAAUAAGUAUAUAUUAUAUACCGUAUAUUCCCUUUGAACAAAAUUACACUUAAAUGAACCAGUUGACCGUUAAACAUUGACAUUAGUUACAAAACUACGGACUUUAACUACUGACUAAGGAGUUUAAGACUGAAAUUACAAACCAAAUGACUCUGGUCUCUUUGUUCCCAUUAAUAUUUUUGUAAAGAAAAUACCCUUAAAAACAAAAAAAACAUUUCGGAAAAGAGAAAGCAGGAUGUGUAGUCUUGGUCCAGCUUUGCUUUUUGUUUCGAGCAUGUCUGAGUCAGCCUGCAUGCGCUGCAUCAUCUAUGAGGUCUUUGUAAUGUGUCCACGUCAUUCGUGAAUGUGAUGCCUCCUAAAAAAAGUUUUAAAGAUAUUGAAUUUUAUUGAAAAGGGAGCAUUAUCCCACAAAGGGCAGACUAGCAUGUAUGUUUCCCUUUAAGGAGAAAUCUGUAAACAUUUACAACUACUGGAUACUCCAUGGCUUCUGCUGUGUUUUCCUCUCAUCGGAUUAAAGGCAUAUCUUUAUGUACAUUACUACAGACCUUUGUACUGAUGUCACACUGGAUGAUGCAUCAUGAGAAAGGGAGAAGUGAAAACUGGCAUGAUGGACAAUAAAGUAUAAAACAAGCCCAUUUCAAACAGUUUUUUGUUGGUUUUCUAAUAAAAGAUAUCCUGUGAAUAAUAAAACAAAACAUAUAUAUAUAGUUGUGCUGUUUGAGUCAACAGUAAAAACUGUGGGUCAUAACACUGCAAUGAUUUAAAGGUUAUAGCAUAAAUCAUACAAGUUCCUGCUGACCUGAGGCUGUAAAUAAACCCCAAUCUGAAUCC